UGCAUCGCUGCCCCCACGCUGGGUGUUUCCUUAGUCACUGAAGACCCCACCCCCAUCCCUUGGACAGCGUUCUAGUACAGUCUCCCAGUGCUUCUUUGACACCGGGCUCUGCUGUCACUCCACCUCUCUGGGCUCCAGCUCUCCUUCCAACACCCAUUCCUCGCCUGUCCCUGUCCCUGCACACCUGCCUCACCUUGAACCCUCUUGCUUCAUCUCUACCCACGUGCCUACCUGAUGUCCCCUGAAUGUCAUCACCGCACCUGUAUGUCCAAAAGUGAACACUCCCUUCUUCCUCACCCCCGCUCCCAACACACACUUCAUCCUCAAAUCUAGCGACUGUUGCCAGUAAAUAGCGAUUGGGCCCAUCCCGGCGUCAGCAAGACCGGCCGGCCCCACUUCAGAGUGCCUUCAGUGAGAACAGAGACGCCGACUGUGAGCGAUCGCAGAUGCUACCAUCCACCAGUCAGCCGCACCGGAAGCCUGCGCGGCUCCCGAGGUCCGCUCCUCCAAGCCUCGGGGCCUGGCUCCGGGAGGAGGGGCCCGAGCCGCCAGGCGCGGGGUGGCAGGUGGGCUGGGUGUAGGGGAGGGGGAAGGUCCUGAGCUCUGGUCUCCGGAUUGGAUAGUCCGCCGGAAAUGGGCGGUCUUAUGGCCCGGAAGGGGUGGGACUUUCCGCCGGCGGCAAAUCCUGAAGACUGACUACCGUCUCCAUGCUACCGCUCGGUUGCUCACGCCGGCUGGUGGCCGAGCUGCGGGACGCCCUGGACACCUGUGCCGAGCGGCAGCGGCAGCUGGAGCAGAGCCUGCGGGUCUCCCGGAGGCUGCUGCGGGCCUGGGAACCAGCGGAGACCCCGACUCCGGAGCCAACCCCAGGUCCAGAAACGAAUGAAGAGGCCCCGUCUCCAGCAUGCACACCCAGCCCCCAAGACCUCAAGGAGCUGGAGCUUCUAACCCAGGCACUGCAGAAGGCUGUACACGUUCGAAAAGGCGUAUCUAAGGCCGGAGAAAGAGACAAGGCCUCCAGCCUGAAGUCUGGGUCCAUUGCCACUUCGGCUACCACAGCCGCUGCCCCACACGGGGCUUCUCCAACAAAACCCCCCAGGGGCACCCGCCAGGCCACCAGGCCUGCCAAGGGCCUCCCGAAGCCUAGGCUUCUGUCCGCGGGGGAUCAGACCUGUGCAGGGAGGGGGCCCCUAGCGGCCAAGCCUGGACCCGGCCUCAGGGACCCACAGAUAGCUCCAUCGGCUGCUCCUCAGGCCCCAGAAGCCUUCACACUCAAGGAGAAGGGGACGCUGCUGCAGCUGCCCGUGGCCUUCAGGAAGGCGGCUUCUCAGAACUCCUGCCUGUGGGCCCAGCUCAGCUCUACACAGACCAGCGACUCCAUGGAUGCCACUACGUCCUCUAAAACCCAGUUCCUCCAGAAAAUGCAGGUGACUUCAGGCUGGCCUAGCUCCAGGCUCAGUGCUGCAGAGGUGGAGGCAGAGGUAGGGCGCCUGCAGAAGGCUUGCUCGCUGCUAAGACUGAGAAUGGAGGAAGAGCUCACAAGAGACCCCACGGACUGGAUGCAGGAGUACCGUGGCCUGCUCACCUUGGAGGGGCUACAGGCCAUUGUGGGGCAGUGCCUCCACAGGCUGCGGGAACUGCAGGCAGAGGAGAGUGGCAAAGAGGUGCCUGGCUGUCACCCCAGGAGGCCACAUUCCCCCGUCCUCACAGAAGUGGUGGAACAGCAGCUGGGGCCGUGGCCUGAGGAGAGGCCCCCCAUGGCCUCAUUGCCUUGUGGAGGAGGAGCAGAUCCCACCUGGAGCCCCCAGCUGCUUCUCUACUCCAGCACCCAGGAGCUGCAAACCCUGGCAGCCCUCAGGCUUCGGGUGGACAUGCUGGACCAGCAAAUCCACCUGGAAAAGGUCCUGAUGGCAGAACUUCUCCCCUUGGUGAGCAUGCAGGAGCCACUGGGAGCGCCCCAGCUGGCGCUUUGCCGGGCUGUGCACAGCCUUCUCUGUGAGGGAGGCCAGCGCUUCCUCACCAUCCUGCGAGAUGAACCUGCUGACUGAACCCUUCCUGUGACUGGGCAAGCUGGUUCUGGGUCUACUGGGAGAGCACCCCUUCUCUGGUCAGAGUUAAAUGAACAGGAAUUGAGGGGAUUCACCGGUGCAGUGGCCUGGCUUGAGAUGCCUGUACUCCCCUGGAAAACCAGGUUUCUAAGGGGAAGGAAUGGACCCCUGGCUCUUCCUGAGGAACUAGGUCCCUUCUCAUAGCUGCUAAUCCUGGUCAGGCUCAGCUGGGCCCUCCACAGGCUGGGGGGGAACAAAGGCCAAUGGGGAUUUUUCUUAGUUACCUCUAUUUUCUCUCACUUUAGACUUAAAAAGCUGCUUGUGUGACAUUAAAACUACUUU